AUGAAGCACGAGGACAUGAGACAGAACAUCGAAUACACCGAGACAGACGUAGAGGCAAUCAGGAACUCCCAGAUUGUGCGACUGCUCUGCCACUCUCAGCCACAGAAGCUGAAGUCACUGGAUCAGAAGAAGGCGCAUAUCAUCGAGGUGCAAAUCAACGGUGGGACGAGUGUUCAGAAGGCGGAGUAUGCGAUGAGUCGCCUGGAAAAGGAGAUCUGCGUCCAGGAGGUCUUUGGCAAAAAUGAGUUCAUUGAUGCAAUUGGAGUCACAAAAGGAAAGGGAUUCCAGGGAACUGUGAAAAGAUGGGGGACCACAAUUCUGCCUAGGAAAACAAACAAGGGAAUUAGGAAGGUGGCCUGCAUUGGGGCGUGGCAUCCGUCAAGAGUGAUGUACUCUGUGGCGAGAUGCGGCCAAAUGGGAUUCCACAGGAGGACGCAGCAGAAUCUGAUGAUUUAUGGCAUAGGAAACGGAACACAGCCACUUCAGACUGACUUCGACUUGACUGUGAAGACAAUCAACCCAAUGGGUGGAUUCCCACACUACGGCUGCAUUGAAAACGACUACGUGAUGGUGAAAGGAUGCGUGAGUGGGCCAUGCAAGAGGGUUGUGACGCUAAGGAAGCCAAUUCACGUCAGAGAGAACAAGGAUGUCUCCAUCAAGUUCGUAGACACGUCCUCGAAGAUCGGAAGGGGCAGAUUCCAGACGUCUGAGGAGAAGAAGGCGUUUUAUGGAACACUUAAGACUGAGGUAAACUAA